AGACUUCGGCAAAGUUAGGCGCCAUUUUGAAAUCCAGUUCAAAUAGUCAAAACAAAGUUCCUUUGGCUUUGAAGUCAAAUUUUCAUAUUUAACGUCACAGUUGUUCUUUUGCCACCAUGUAUAGUAGAUAAACUUCCCCAACUCUAUUGCGCUGGAAAGCAGACAGAUCUGAGAAGGAAAUCGGGGAAUCAAAGCUUCGUUUAGCGUUUGUUAUGAAUCAGCUACAAAGUUUAUUACACGAUUCUCUCAUCGCCACUGGGCAUGUCAAACACUGUGCGAUUAUCAGGCGAAAGGACACUUCGCUACGAGCAAGCACUGUGGGUUUUAAUCCUACAUUUGAUAACAUGAGCUCCCUUGUGGGUGCCUUUGGUGACUCUGCACGAACAAGGAUGGAGGGUCUCAAGUUUGAGGAUGUUUUAUAUGAAUGUGUCAGAGCAGACAAAUUCUCAGUUUAUGGCAAACAUGACAAAACUGGUAUUGUUGCUAUCAAAACAGCAACUCUAAUUCUUGUUGCAUUAUACUCCCAAGAGAUGAGUCCAAGCAUAUGCGUGGAAGCAUCUGAGAAACUGGCUGAUUAUUUCAGGGAAAAAGGCAAAUGAUAAUAGUACAAUAGAUAUUUGUACUAUCUAAGCAUUGUAUGUCAGCAACAUAAGCUGCUAGACUUCCAGUCAUAGAUUAAAGGCUUUAACAUUACCAGCCACAAAAUAAAAACAUUAAAAAGACUCAUUGUGGUAAAACACUGUGCAAGAACCUCUGUGACAUGGGGCUAUUUUUUAUUAAUAUUACCAAAACAUUACUACAACACAAUCAACAUUAUUAUUUUCUUGAUAUCAAAGAAAAAAACAUUAUUUGAAAAUAAAAUUGAAUUGUUAUUUUAUUUGCACAAUGCAUCUUACUUGUUCACUAGUUUUUAAAGUAAUCCUCAACCAAAACUAUAAACAGACAAGCAUAUUAGGAAAUUUUAAGCAACUUACAGUAUAUAUAAUGUAGAUUAAUACUGAUAAAUUUAACUGCAGUACAAUUAUAUUGAAAUCUAUCAGUCAUCACAAGGACACAGAAGUUACUAGAAGAGUUAGUAAAGUGUUCCAUUUACUUACUAUGCAAAUAACAUUUAGUUCCGAGUUUAAAUACAAAACUUUUCAUUAUAAUUGUAUAAUAGAAAUAGAUUGCUUGUUUUUUUUUUUUUGGUCCACUAAAGGUCUAUAAAAGAGCAAAUGCAUGCAAAAACAAUCAUUUUUUUUUAAUCCAAAUGAUUUGGAUUUUUCUAGUAGCUUUAUAGGUAGUGGUAGUGGUAGUAGUAACAAAGGUCUCUUGGCUGUAGAAAUCAAAGGCCAUUUUACUGUAAGUAAGGAUAUCUUAAUACUUCUGAAGCUUUGGAGUUGUGGUAAAGUUGAAAUAAAUGGCAAUGUUUACAUAAAA